CCCCCAUACGCACGGAAGCGGGUGCCAGUGAGCAGACGGCACAGCGAAAGCUUCGAUCCUGCACCAUCCCAUCCUUCUAUCCGCCUCCUUACUUAUGUAGGCAACAAAAGGGGCGCAAGGAACAAGCGCACUCUUGCAAGACCGACAGCUCACCCCCCAAGCUGACAACUCUGUCGAAAGCGUGUGUAAUUUUUGUUGGGUCAGAGAAGAAAAACCAGAGAGGGAACCCCCCUGCCAUGCAUGUUCUCUGUGUGAUUUAUUGGCCCCUCUUCCUCCUCUCCCACUCUCCCUGUGUCUCUUUUUCAUCUCCUCUUUGGGCACUAGCUCCACUGCAGCCGCUGCUUAAAAUAAGGGUAUCGAGGAUACAGCCGCUUUCCCCCAUCGGGCAGCGAGUGCGAAGUUUCCACGUGACGUGCUGUGCUUGCGUUGCUACCUACCUGUGGUGGGUGGAUGGGUGGUGGUGGUACCGAGCGUGCAUUUUGGGAAAUGGUGUGUGGGUGUGCAAUCCACGUGCGUGCAGGUGUAUACAUGCAGACACUGCAGGAGUGCGUGUAAUGGAAGAAGAAAACAACAGCAAAAAGAAGCAUAGGUACAGGUGA